AUGAACGAAUUUAGCUCAGGAGACAGGCCGCAAGACGACCUACAGCCCUUACUUGUCAAUGACAAACAUGGAAACACUUAUGCCUACCACCCCACACCGCCACCUCCACAGAGCUGCUUGGCGGGUGGUUGGCCUUGUGCCAACCCAGACGCCAUGGUGGUGGACGAUGACGCCGACGCCACUGCAGACGUUGGUGAAAACAUGACCUUAAACCCUCCGUGUGUCCAGGACCCCGAUCACCAGAAGCCUCCGAGUGAUUUCUCUGUAGUCCCAGGGGAGCCUGGGCACCUGCAUAGCAGCUGUCAUCCCCGAAAGGCCCCCCAGGGCCAGAGUGAGGAGCCAGCUCCGCCUUUUGCGCGGAAACCCGAGGAGGGCGAUGGGAGCGGUGCGGACUGCCCGGGCGCCUGGGAGCUGCACCAGACCUUGGACGGGAGAGCGGAUAACGCUCACUGCGCCUUUGCAGAACACCAUGCCGUGGGAAAGAGCCAGUCUUUGCACGCCCCUGGGAGCCUGCAGCCAGCUGGCAUGAGAAGUGGAAAUACGUCUCUGUCCUGUUCCCUUUGCCCGGCUUCCCAUUCUGACAAGACACACGUGAUGGAGGCGAGCCACGACAGAGGUGUCUUUCAGAGCCCCGCGGCCACAGCCUCUGAGGCCCGGGGGGCAGCGCACACGGUGUCCUCCGAGGUGCUGAUGCAGACGGACGCCUUUGCUCCAGGUGCUGGACACGCCUGUCCGUGUUCUGCAGGGAAUGUCACCAGGGAGCACACAGAUGGGCCGCCGCAAAGGCUCGUGGGAGAAGAAGAGACACACGCUUCCGAUGGCAUGGACAUCCCCGGCGGGCCUGCAGGAAAGGAGUUCUUUUGUACAUCUGAUGAUGAACUGCACAGUGAGUCGUAUUCAGCGAGCUCACGGGGGCCAGAGGACAUGGGCCAGAAUCCAGGAGAAACUGUGUCUGAUUGUCUCAUUGAUGACGAGUGCCCUUUUGACAACAGCACGGCCCCAGGGCUGCACCCCGAACCCAAUGUCACCGGGGCCGCACACACACACAUGGCCCCCCAUGACGUGGACCUGGAGAUCCAACAUCACACCGUAGAGCUGGUCCCAGGUAGCCCCCCUGGACUUGAACUGACUUGGGAUGAAAACGACAUGCUCAUCAGUGCACACGACACCAUCUGCAUGUCCACGCCGGUCCCCAAGCCCCUGAACGCGACCUUUUUUGUUUCCCCCGUCGUCGAGGCGACGGAGAAAUGUGGUCCCCUGGAGAAGAGUCUCUCUAAACCGAACCUGGGAAAGCCCACAGCCAAAGCAAACAGCCCGAUGGGCAGUAAGGUCAGAAAGAACAAGAUCAUCAGCUACCCGAGGCCCAACUUCAAGAACGUCAAAGCCAAAGUGAUGUCGAGACCUGCGUCGCAGUCCCACGACCCUGCUCUGUCCAAGGUCGUGCCCAGGCCUCCGCUGCCCAGCGCCUGCUCACCCCCCUCGACGGUCUCCUCCUCCAGACAGCUGGCCGCACUGAGCAGAGCACGGAGAGCCGACCUGAACGCGGACACGAAGGCAGAAGCCCCAAUCAGCAAGACCCAGAAGCAGCAGCUGAACAAGCUCCUCACGAGCCAGGCCGAGCAUGUUGCGACGCAUUCCAAAAACGCUUCCCACAGGGUUUCCAGAACAACGCCUGCCCCGAGAUCGAAUCGGGAGGAUGUUGACAAGGCAAGCCCUUCCCACUCGGUGUGCGAGCCUGGCUCCGUGGCCUCGUUCCUCCAGAAGUGCAGGGGCCUGUUCUCGGGGACGCUGGAGAGCCCCGAGUGCUUGGACAUGACCUACGUGCCCCACCUCCACGGGACUGGCCCCGAGGAGAAGGGAGCGCAAGAAAACGGGACCCUUCUGGAGAAACAAGACCCCAAGAAGGACGUUUUGAACGAGACCUUUGACUACGAGUCUCUGUUCUUGGGUUCUGCUUCAAAAACAGCAGCGCCCGCAGGGAGGAACGCACCCAAGCCCGACGCCUCCGGCUUGCGGAUAACACCGGGUCCUAAGGCCAAAGGGGGCCCUGCUGCUUCCUGCUUGCGGUGCACUAGCAACAGCAGGACUCUCAGUGCUGACCGGACCUUGUCUUUCCAGAGGAUCAGGCGUGUGGCCAGUUCUGGAAAAUCUACGUCUUUGAAAACUGCACCGCCGUCUUGGGUGAAUUUGCCUCGACCGCUUCCCAAGUCCAGCGGGUCCCUGAAAAGCUCCGUGCUCCGGCGGACAGGCAGCCCCUCCUCCAUCGCCAGCACCCACAGCGACCUGAACGCUUACAGCAGCCAUUUUGAAAACGGCAGACAGAAGGCUCCCAGAAGUUUAUGUAUCCAAACUCAGACGUCUCCAGAUGUGCUCUCCUCUGAGAAAACACUUGAGUUGGCUCAGUAUAAGACGAAAUCGGAGAAGCAGAGUCGAUUUAUCCUGCACCUUAAGCAGCUUGUUUCCUGCGGGAAUGCCAAGUUUGAAGCAUUAACAGUUGUGAUUCAGCACCUACUAUCUGAGCGGGAGGAAGCCCUGAAGCAGCACAACACGCUGUCGCAAGAACUCGUGAGCCUCCGGGGAGAGCUGGUCACUGCUUCAACCACUUGUGAGGAAUUAGAAAAAGCCAGGAAUGAGUUGCAAGCAGCUUAUGAAGGAUUUGUCCAGAAGCUGAACCAGCAGCACCAGACGGAUCUAACCGAGCUAGAGAAUCGGCUCAAAGAGUUCUACACCGAGGAGUGUGAGAAGCUCCAGAACAUUUACAUCGAAGAAGCAGAGAAGUACAAAACUCAGCUGCAAGAGCAGUUUGACAACUUGAGUGCUGCCCAUGAAACCUCGAAGUUGGAAAUUGAAGCUAGCCACUCUGACGAAGUAGAAUUACUAAAGAAGGCCUAUGAAAACUCCCUUUCAGAAAUCAAGAAAAGCCAUGAAUUAGAAAAGAAAUCACUCGAGGAUUUGCUUUCUGAGAAGCAGGAAUCCCUAGAGAAACAAAUCACUGAUCUGAAGAGUGAAAAUGAGGCUUUGAAUGAAAAGCUGAAAUCAGAAGAACAAAAAAGACUCUCAAGAGAGAAAGCGAAUUCAAAAAACCCGCAGAUCAUGUACCUGGAGCAGGAGCUGGAGAGCCUGAAGGCCGUGCUGGAGAUCAAGAACGAGAAGCUGCACCAGCAGGACGUGAAGCUGAUGAAGAUGGAGAAACUGGAGGACAACAACACCACGCUGGUGGACAAGCUGAAGCGCUGCCAGCAGGAGAACGAGGAGUUAAAAGCUCGGAUAGACAAGCACGUUGCAAUUUCAAGGCAACUGUCCAACGAGCAGGCCACCCUGCAGGAGUGGCUGGAGAAGGAGUCCAAAGUCAACAAGCGCCUGUCCAUGGAGAAUGAGGAGCUGCUGUGGAAGCUGCACAACGGGGACCUGUGCGGCUCCGACAGGUCCCCCACGUCCCCCGCCAUCCCCUUCCAGUCGCCGCGGAACUCCGGCUCCUUCCCCAGCCCCAGCGUGUCGCCCAGAUGA